UUGUAGGCAAUAGUAUAAACAAAUGAUUGCGCGACGUUCGAACAUUACAGAAAUUAUUUGAGUGGGUAGCCUAUGUCUAUAGAACUGUCGCAAUAUUUAAUUUUUUAUAAAUAAAUACAGUACUGUAGUGUUAGUCACCAGACUGUGACGCAAAACCGGGGAGAGUAAAAGGGGGAAUCCCCGAAAAUUACUUUUUCUGUGUUGGUUUGGUACAUAUAAAUCCAACGUAGUGAUCUCGUUUGCAAUUCAAAAACACGGUUUAAGAAGUACGAAAACGAUAUUAGAGCAAAACAGUUUCUGCCAAGCAGAGUUUGUACAGUAAACGGCUUUCUAACAACGAUUUAGUAUGGCAGAAAUAGACAGACAAGAUAUUACUGGGUUAGCUUCUCCAUCAUUAACACAACACAAGGAAGCCAAGACACAAAUUCUACCUGGCAGAAACUGUUGCGCUUCUAAUAGCGUGACGGCGUUUGAUUGCAAGCACCCAUAUACGAAAAAUAUGGAGAACUUUCGGGAAAGAAUUCGAACCUUUAUAUCUUGGCCAAGAGGUGUUACCAAAGCUACACCGGUUGAAAUAGCGAAAGCGGGCUUUUUCUAUCUUAAAGAAAGAGACCGAGCCAAAUGCUUCUAUUGCAAUGGUGGGCUACAAAACUGGGAACCCAACGACGAGCCUUGGUUUGAGCAUGCGAAAUGGUUUCCUAAUUGCGAUUUUCUUCUUCGCGAAAAAGGAAUCGAAUUUGUACAGAACGUUGCCGGACGAUUUCCGAACUUAAACCGACCUUUACUUAAUGACCAAGCCACUCCCAAACCAUCCACAUCCAACCUACAACUCCCUGCGCCUGCUACCUCAAAGCAGACAGAAGUCCCGCAAAAUUCAGCAUCGCAUAUAGAAAUAACGCGUCCGACACUCGAAGAAGCAAUGGAAAGCGAGUUAGUGCUUGCAGUUUCAGGAUUCGGGUUCGAACGUGAACUUGUACAGCUUGUGGUGGAGAGAUUACUACAAGAAACCGGGAAUGUUAAUUGUACGAUUAUGGAGCUAGUCACUGCAACACAGCAAUUAGAGCAGGAACAAAUGGAAGAAAACGCUAUGGAAGUUGUGGAGAGUUUUAAUGUCAAUCAAGAAAAACCUGAAAUGGCAUGCGCACAAAUUAACCUAAGUACAUCGCCGACAGAUAGCUUCCCAAUGCAGACUCCUGGCAAUUUUACCGAACAACAGGUCCCUGGUUCGAAGAAAAUGAUGUAUGUAAAGCAAAAGGAAGUUUCUGUCCCAGAACUCAGCGAACAAAGUCUCGCUCAACAGAGAAGUCAACUACAAAAUCUAAAAGAUGAAAUGAGGUGCAAAAUUUGCCUUGAUAACCCUAUGGACUGCAUUCUGCUCGAAUGCGGCCAUGUUUGUACUUGUUUAGAAUGCUCGCAAGGAAUCCGAACUUGCCCUAUAUGCAGGCAAAAAAUCACAAAAAUAAUGAAAAUUUAUCGAAACUAUUAAAAGAAUUCUUUGUAUUUCUUAAUUGCACACUGUGAGACCGGUGCUAUAAACCAUCAAUCAUUUAUUAUAUUUUAAUAUUUUAUGUUUUUAAAAUCGUAGAACGUUUACUUGAUUGAAUUUUAUUUCUUCUUUUACGUUACCGUAUUGCUGUUAUUUUCUAUACAUUUAGAUAGGUUUUUGUUAUUUUGUAGCAAACUGUGCGUUUAUUAAUUAACAAUUCGAAAAAAAAUGUUAUAGGGUUAAAAAAAUAUUUACCAACUAGAAAAA